UGAUAGCAGUCGCGCGAGCCCUGGUGCAAGGCUAAAUUCUUGUAAAAUAGGGUUUCUUCUUACAAAUAGUUGUUUACCGUCAAAUUAAUGAGAUAGGGUGAUUAUAUAUACAUAUAUGUAUUGGUGUGGUGAAGUUUCAAAGUGCAUGGUUAUGAUUUCCAUUUGAUUUCAGUGAAGUGUUACCGAGUGCUGACGAACGGCGAGGUCUGAUUUUGUUUGUGGUGAAGUGUUUUACUGUUGACACAUUGAAGGGCUUGGAAAACGCCCAAAUGUGGCACAAGAAAGUGCUGCAUAACUGUUUUCCACCAACUACAUAGCUGGCUUUGCCAUGGAUCAAGUAAAAUUAGUAGGACUGACAGGGCCUCAUGCCUCCGUCCUAUACGCGGGAACUCGUCAGCCACCACCGGGAUCUCAUUCCGUGCCUCAAGUCGCACAUCAGCCUCCCUCAAGGAAAUACCUGGAGCACGACAAACGGUUGCUGGACGCAGCGCAAUACAAGCCAGCGACGAUAUCCCCUCCUAUGGGGCGCAGCAACGUGGCAGGGGGAGGAGGGGGUGUACCGGCCCCUGCUCCCCAACCCCCCACAGGGGCCACACCAUCUGUUGGAAGCUACCCUGCAGCAUACCCGCCUCAAGCCCCGCUGCCUACAGCUGGCGACGCGCGGUACCAAACUCUGCUGUCUUAUCGUCCCGAGCCUUACAGACACAUGGACCGACCGCUGCUCAUCACCAACCAGAGAAGACCGAGUAUCAUGGGUCCAUACGGGGCGUACGCGAACCGCCCCGGAGGUGGUGAAUUGGUGCAGAUCAUACCUGGUGGUGGUGGAGUGUCUGUCUCCACGGGUUGUGGUGGUGGCGGUGGCGGGAGCAUUGCAGUCGCCACCAACGUGGACAACAGCAAGAGAAUCAAACUCUCGCAGCCGCCCGUCAUGAAGCAGGACGCUCGCAUGACCAGCCUACACGUGAACACCGACGUGCACCCCACCAGGGAAUCCUCUUACUACCCCCAAGUGGAGGCAAUCUCUCCGACGCCGACAGAAAUUCGCGACGACUCUCCCGAUUCAAUCAAGAACCAAAUCCUGAAGCAGAUCGAGAGCGUGGACCGCGAGAUCGAGAAGUUCGAAGCGUCCAUCAAGAUGAUGGAGAAGAAGGCGGAGGAGCUCGAGGCCGCGUCCAUACACAAGAGUGAAGGCGACCAGGACGGCGCUGCUGGUGAUGAUGAUGGCAAGGCUAAGAACCACAGCCUCCCGCAGAUCAUUUAUGCCGCCAAUAAAAAAAAAGCGGAAGAGGCGCACAAGGAGAUGGCUAAAAUCAACUGCCCCAUGGACGGUCCAUCGUUUUUGCCGCUGUACCACCAGCCCUCCGACACCCGUAAUUACGAGAGCAACAAGAGAAUAUUUUACAACGGUGGCCUUAAAGCCAAGAUCAUCCAGCACGUGAAGAAGGAGGCGCUAGAGAGGCGAACCAGAAUAGAGAAAAUCACCGCCACUUACAGCAAACUGCGCACUGAAUGGCUCAAAAAGGUGGAGAAAGAGGAGAACAGCAAGAAGCACCGCGAGAAGAUGAGUCGCAACAGAGAGCUGUUCGAGAAAGUGUUCAAUGAGCUGCGCAAGCAGAGGGAAGACCGAGAGCGCUUCACGAGGGUGGGAGCGAGGGUUAAAAGUGAUGCUGAGAUGGAGGAGAUCAUGGACGGCCUUCAGGAGCAAGAGAACGAGGAGAAGAAGAUGCGGUCGUACGCCGUGAUCCCUCCCAUUCUGCUGGACGCGGUGCGCCGCAACUAUCGCUUCGAGUGCAGGAACGGCUUGAUCGCUGACCCCGUGGCGGGGUACAAGGAGCACAAGAACUGCAACACCUGGUCUGAGCAGGAGAAGGAUAUUUUUCGUGAGAAAUACCUGCAGCAUCCUAAGAACUUUGUGCUCAUUGCUUCAUAUCUCGAGAAAAAGACCGUAGCUAAUUGUAUCUACUACUAUUAUAGUACUAAAAAGAAAGAGAACUACAAAGCUCAAGUCAAGAGAAGAAUAAGAAAACCUCGAGCAACCAAGGGAUCGGCGGCUGCUCCAUCACAGACGGGCGUGUUGGAGGUCGUGGGGCUCAAUUCUACAGGCGUGACCACGCGAGGUUCUGUGGCUGCGUUACAGAAGGAACAGCAACAGAGUGGAAGACCUGAGGCAUGUUCAGCGCCCAAUUCCCCGCCUCCUCCACCAGUUUCUUCUUCCUCUGUUUCUUCUCGGACUCUGAACAGCUCAUCUCCUGCACCUACAACCGGGGACGUUAGGAUGGCUGUUUCUUCUGCCACUCCCACCACACAGGCCAAUACAGGAGCUUUAUCCUCUGGCGAUUCCAGUUUAUCCACGUCAUCCCAUUGUGACUCCACCAACUCCCCUAACGCUGUGUCCCUACCAGCGUCUGAUGUACCCCCGUCCUCGAGCGUCACCCCAGCGGUGGCCGCGUCUUCUCCCCAGCAGAACGGCGACUUUGACAGCAAGACGUCCUCGCUCCUCAGCUCCAGCGCUGAGGCCCCCACAACUGAAAUCAAGGAGUCAAGAACUGAAGGCUCUGAGUCAGCGGCCACCGACACGUCGAGCCACCAGCUGCUCACCAAGACCUCCACCAACAACAACAAAGCAACUGAAGGCUCCGAGUCAGCGGCCACCGACACGUCGAGCCACCAGCUGCUCACCAAGGCCUCCACCAACAACAACAAUAACACCAACAACAACAACAACAACAAUACUAACUCCACUUCCGUUGCCGACUCCAGUGACGAAGAAGAUCUCUCAGAGGCGGGCGGUGAGUAUGCAUUGCUUGCUAAUAAAUAA